CUAUAUUUACGCGAAGUUGCCCUGUUGAAGGAAAGAGAAUAUUUGGUAGAAUAUUUGGAGAUAUUUGUGUAUAUAUUGUUUUGGUAGUUUUCCUUGUACAUGGAUUCUUUCCUUUUCCUUUUCCUUUAAUUAUUAGGAGUCUCAACUUGUGAGAUCCUAUAUAUAGGUCCUCAUUGUAAAUUGUAAGGACAAGAGAGAAAUACAGGAAAUUUCCUCCCAAAUAAUUCUUUCAUGGUAUCAGAGCCAAAACCCUAGAGUUUUUCAGUGACUACUGUUCACGAUCGCCCGGCAUGGCGUCCAUCGAUCGUUGCUCAGUUUCAGUCGUUUGUUGUUGUUGUUGCCGGACAACGGAACGGUCGACCGUUGCUCUUGAACGGUCGAGCACGUCGACCGUCUCGUCGGCAGAUUGUGUGAUAGAUGCUGCUGUUGAUUCUUCUACCACCGCCGUACGCCACUUUGCUACCGCCAUGGCCGAUGAACAACCAAGGAAGAUGUUUUUCUCCCUAUCAUUGUGUGUUUCCAGUGUGAAGCUUUCAGGUGCAUCUCUGGAUACAGGAAGUACAAAUGAGGUUAGCUCUUAUGAUGAAGAUGAAGAACUGCGGACGGAAGAACGGAUGGACCGUUCCAGGAGGGACGGUCGACCAGAGGAAAGCGGUGGAGCAGACAGGCUACAGACGGUCGACCGAUUGGACCGUUCGGUUGUCCACGGUCGACCGUCCGAGAGGCAGAAUGACGGGUUCUUGAGAGAUGACCAAACGGUCGACCUGGUGGACCGUUCUGAUAUCCACGGUCGACCGUCCGCGAGGCAGAAUGACGUUUCGUUGGGAGAUAAUCAAACGGUCGACCGUGAUGUGGAAGACGGUCGACCGUCUCUGAGGCAGAAAGUUAGCGAUCCAGAACAGCUUCAGACGGUCGACCCCGUGGACCGUUCCACGGACGGCGGUCGACCGUCCUCUUCCCAGCAGGCGGUGGAGAACUUGGGACGUGGUCAACGUGAGAAACAUCCAAAUGUACGCCUUGCCGAUUAUGUUACCCAUGUAGCUGGUUCACAUGUUGGUGAAAAAUGCAAAUAUCCUCUUGCCUCGAAAAUCUUCUGUAAAUAUAGAAUGGAUGACAAAAGCUUGGUUGAUUACCACGAAGAAGAGGAUGAAUUAUGGAUGGUCCAGCCACAAGACCAUCUCUGGGGAGACGAUCAAUCGCACCAAAGCCAUAAUUCGAAGAUGCUACAUGAAGUCAAGCCAUUAGACCUUCCUGUAAAUGACGGUUGACCGUGGGCAAGACAGAAUGCAAGAGAAUCGGAAGAGCCAUAGACGGUCGGCUCCAUCGACCGUACCAUAGCUGAUGGUUGACUAUCAUCAUAUCAACCCAUAGAAGAAGUUUUGGGGCACGGACGAUGUGAAAAACACCCAAUUUUGCAUCUUUCAGAUUAUAUUAUGCACGUUGCCAAUGUGUUUUUUUAGAGAGAAUUGCAGUAUUCACUCUCGUCAUACAUUGCUUACGAGAGAUUCUCUAACAAACAUAAGUAUUUUCG